AUGGCUGAGAUUCGUCGCAAGCUUGUCAUCGUCGGUGAUGGUGCAUGCGGAAAGACCUGUUUGUUGAUUGUCUUCUCCAAGGGCACAUUCCCUGAGGUUUACGUCCCUACUGUCUUUGAGAACUACGUUGCAGAUGUUGAAGUAGAUGGAAAACAUGUUGAACUAGCCCUAUGGGAUACGGCUGGCCAGGAAGAUUACGAUCGUCUUCGACCUCUGUCCUAUCCAGAUUCCCAUGUCAUCCUCAUCUGCUUCGCCAUUGACUCCCCCGAUUCCCUCGACAACUGGAUUUCUGAAGUCCUCCAUUUCUGCCAAGGUCUCCCAAUCAUCCUCGUAGGAUGCAAGAACGAUCUCCGAUAUGACCCCAAGACCACCGAAGAGCUGGCCAAGACCUCUCAAAAACCCGUCACUGCAGAACAGGGUGAGGAAGUACGCAAGAAGAUUGGGGCCUACAAGUACCUCGAAUGCUCGGCCAAGACUAACCAGGGAGUUCGCGAGGUCUUUGAAAGUGCCACCCGUGCUGCUUUGUUGACACGAAAGAGCGGUAAAAGCAAGAAGUGCUCAAUCUUGUAA